AUGCCACACUCUGCGCGGAUAUUCUCCUUUUCACGACCCGACCACCUUCAAAGACAUGUCCAAGAUUGCCACCUCCGCUACUUUGACCCCGAUGCUCUGCUCUGGUGCCCUCACCCGUCGUGCCCGGAUGCGCUGGAUGGCGUUGAAGAUUUUCAGGGGCACGCGCUCAUAGUCCACAACGUAAUACAGUUGAUAUGGGUCGCUAGACAUUCUUCGACUCCGAACUGUUUGGCCAUAAAGGCAUGCACGGAACAGUAUCUAGGGGAUUUCCAACUACUUGGGUGA